AUACAGAGGCUUAAGAGAACAUCUGGCCAGAUUUACACUCUUGCUGUGGAGCUCAAGAUGAGUAGACCAGCUCUCACUGCUGUCUUUGUAGCAUUUCUGCUGACUUCCAGUGGAGCAAAGCCCAAUGGCAAGAACAAAAAGCCAAAACAAGUUGUGCCAGCAAUAGAAUGUGAUAUGCGGGCUGGGAAGAUCAGUCUCCCAGAGUUUAUUGUUAAGUGUCCAGCUAACUGCAGGGAGACCAAGGAGAAAGUGUAUGGGACGGGUGUAUUUGCCUCCAUAUCCAGUAUCUGCAAUGCUGCCAUUCACAGUGGAGCCAUCACUAACUCUGGAGGAAAGGUAAUUGUGAUGAAGAUGGCAGGACAGGCGAUCUACAAGGGUAGCUUUGCCAACGGUGUCCGCUCUCUGUCCUUACCCAACUGGAGAGAAUCCUUUUCUGUCUCAGUGGGUAAACCAAAGAAGGGGGUGAUCUACGCAUCCACUCUGGUCUUUGUACCAUCAAGAUCCACCACAGUGAAACCAGACCCGUCGUACUCCACAGUGUCACCAGCGACAGAGCCGAGCUCCACUGCAGCCCUGCCCACAACCACUCAUGUGACCACACCCAUCGCCACAGCCCCACCCAUUACCACAUCAGCCAUGCCACGGGUCACUGUUAGUAAAGUCCGCGAGGCAGGCAGCAGUUACCCAUAUUUCAGCUCUGUUGCACGACAGUCACAGAGCGCCCAAGGAAAGGGUCCUACACAAGCAUUUAGAGGCAGCUCCGUCUAUGCCAAUAGGUUUUCACCUCGCACAAACACAGCAGGUGUGCACAGGCCAGAGACGGGCAUCACGAUCCGAAGACAGCCGCAUGUUUCCUCAGCUUCAGUUUUCAGUCGGGUACAGCCGCAGUCUGAGAGGAAGCAGCACACGGCGCAGUCUAAUCCCACAUUUGCAAGAAGAGAUUGGCCGCACCCUGCAUACGCACGACCUGAUGGGUUCUCUGGCACCAGAAGACCAACAGAUAGUAGCCACUCUAUGCCAAACACAGGCUAUAAAUGGAGCAGAUUGAGUACUGGUGAUCCCGCAGUUCUUGACCCAAGGCCUGAUAACACUGAGUAUGAGCACUGGCUGUAUAACUCUGGACAGUAUCCUCCUGAGCCAGAAGACCACAAGCCUCCAUCUGAGACGAGGCACACCAGAGACUGUAAAGUUGAUAUUGCAUUCCUCGUGGAUGGCAGCUGGAGCAUUGGGAAACGCCGUUUUAAGAUUCAGAAAGACUUCCUUGUGGAAGUUUCUCAGGUCAUUAAUGUGGGUGUUGCUGGACCCAUGAUGGGCAUCAUUCAAUACGGGGAUGAUCCAGUCACAGAAUUCAGUCUAAAACAAUUCUCCAGCUCCAAGGAUCUGAAGCCUGCCAUCAGCAAAAUAGUCCAGAAGGGCGGUCUGUCCAAUGUAGGGAAGGCCCUCUCCUACAUCAACAAGCAUUUCUUCAGUGAUGCUAAUGGGAACAGAGGUGGGGCGCCCAAUGUGGCUGUGGUUCUGGUGGACGGCUGGCCCACUGACAAAGUGGAGGAGGCCUCACGUCUGGCCAGAGAGUCAGGCAUCAACAUCUUCUUUGUCACCAUCGAGGGCCCAGAUGAGAAUGAAAAACAGAACGUGAUGGAGACCAACUUUGUUGACAAGGCAGUGUGCAGAACCAAUGGUUUCUUCUCGCUCUCUAUCUCAAGCUGGUUCGCCUUGCGCAAAGAAGUGCAGUCUCUGGUGAAGCGCGUGUGCGACACAGACCGCCUGGUGUGCAGUAAGACCUGCCUUAAUGCCAACGACAUUGCCUUCGUCAUCGACGGCUCCAGCAGCGUGGGAACCGGAAACUUCCGCACCGUGCUCCAGUUCGUCGCAAACGUGACGCAGGAAUUUGAGAUCUCGGACACGGAUACGCGCGUAGGAAUCAUACAGUACACGUAUGAGCAGAGGCUUGAGUUUGCUUUUGGUCAACACAACAACAAAGCUGAUCUGCUGAACGCUAUCAAGCAUAUAAACUACUGGAGCGGAGGUACCAGCACGGGAGCCGCCAUCACAUAUGCUGCAGAUCAACUGUUCAGCAAAUCCAAACCCAACAAGCGCAAGAUCAUGAUUGUCAUCACGGACGGACGCUCCUACGAUGACGUGAGGGCCCCGGCGCUGGCGGUACAUCGUAAAGGUGUGAUCGCGUACUCCAUUGGUAUAGCCUGGGCCAUACAGGACGAUCUGGAAUACAUCGCCACCGACCCCGACAGAGACCACUCUUUCUUUAUGGAUGAGUUUGACAACCUCUACAACUGUGCCAAUUCUGCAGCUGACCACCGUGCCCACCUUCAGCUGUCUCUGCCGUCCAUCACGUCCCUCAUUGCUGCAGUCAGACUGAAUCUGAUCAUGAUGGAAGAGGGACAUCGAGGCUGUCCUUGCCUGAGAGACCCAUCUGCCUCAUCAGCCCAUACAGAGAGCCUUACAGAACCCUGUGCGGCUCGUUUCAGCAGCAAGCACUCCUGUGCGUGA